CGUGCGGUGCAAUUUGAGCAACAUCUCGUCUCACAACAUCUGCGACACGACACCCUCACGCGGAGGCAUUGUUAUCUCUCGUGCGACAGGUCUGUGCUCCCGUCGAUAGGUUGUCGCUUCACUGAAAAGGUGACACGUAUAAGAAUUGUUGAUAUCUGCGCGCUGUGUUGGAGAAAAAGGAUGACCCGGAGGAGAGUGCGGAGGGACAUGCAGGUGAGAGAAGAUGCUCUUUUAGCACACGCAUAGUGUGAAGGAGGGAAAUGACUCUCGAGCCCCGUCUGCUCACGUGCGUGUGCAUCUCGUAGACUACACAUAGAGAGAUAUUUUGCCUCGAAGGCUAAAAGUGCAGCAAAUGGAUGGACGCGUGGAUAAACAGGAGACGGGGGAUGUUGCUGUUGCUGCUGCUACUGCUGCUGCUUCCGUCGUCGUUGAGAACGAAGCUGAGAGCAAGCAGGUGCGAGAGGAAAAGUCCGGCGCCACCGUUCAACAUCACAUGGACACUUGCCCCGUUUGCCGCCUGAACUUUCACAGUCGAGAGCCCAAACUUCUGCCGUGUCUGCAUUCUUUUUGCAAGAAAUGUCUGCCUGCGCCCUCGAGGAAUUUGGCCAUGGCAGAGCCGCCAAGCUCCCAGGUUGACAGCGCGACCAAACCACUGAAUGUGAUGCGCUGUCCGGUGUGCAGGCAGGAGUGCAUGGAGAUAGAUGUGAUGGAGAACGUCUUUGUGAAGGACUCAGCUGAGGCUCCCAGCAGCACAGUGGAGAGGACAGUCCAGCUCUGCAUGACCUGUGAUGACAACACCGAAGCGGCCGGGUUUUGCGUGGACUGCGUUGAGUACCUCUGUGCCACCUGUGUGGAGGCCCACCAGAGAGUCAAAUUUACCAAAGACCACAGCAUCAGACAGAAGGCAGAAGUCCCGCGCGAGGUCCACGGUGUGUCGGCUCAGAGGCCGGUGUUGUGUGACAUCCACAAACAAGAGCCGCUGAAGCUGUUCUGUGAGACCUGUGACCUGCUAACCUGCCGCGACUGCCAACUAGUAAAGCACAAGGACCACAAUUACCAGUUCCUUGAAGAUGCUUAUAAAAGCCACAAGCAGCACAUGGAGAGCAUGACCCAUCAGCUGCAGGAGAAAAAGAAACAGAUUGAAGAGGUGUCAAACUCCAUAAACAAAGGACUUCUUCAGGUUGAUCAGAGCCGCACGUCGGUUCAUAAUGAAAUACAGAAAUCCAUCUGCAGUUUGAUUCUGGAGAUCAACAAGAAGGGCAAGAUGCUAGUUCAUCAACUUGAGGCCGUAACAAAGGAUCACGAGAGUGUCCUGCGAAAACAACAGGAGGACAUCGGCUAUCUAUCCAGACACCUGGACCACGUCAUCACCUUCACCAAAUGGGCCACCGCCAGGAAUGGAGGGACGGCCCUCUUGUACUGUAAACGUUUGAUCCUGUUUCAGAUUGGAAACCUCCUGCGGGCAAAGUGUAGUACCUCGUUUAUACCACAGAGCAGUGUGCGCUUCCAGAGUCGAUCCUCUUACUGGGCCUCCAAUGUGGAUCUGGGCUCUUUAGUGGUAGAGAGUGUACCGGGCCAUCAGCUGAGUGGUUUUCAGGGCAUCCCACAUCAGCUCUCCCACCCCGGCCACGGCCCCUCAGGCUCACCCCACAGCUUUGCCCUGGGAGCGCCCAAUAACACUCUGGCUCAGCUCCAGAUGCAGGUGGACAAGCUGAACCCGCAGGCCAACUGGCAGCCCCAACCACCUCCUCCGCCCUGGACGUGGUACCAGAGUGUCCGACUGCAGCGAACCGUCCCGGGGGCCCUGCAAGGAGGAGGCUCUCCCUCCCAGAGCGUGCUUCCCCAGCCAGGUCGCAGGUUCAUGGCACCUCCUCCCAACCACGUCGGCCCAACUAGCGGACUACCGUGCCCUGGGUUUACGCCACAGCCUCUGAGGGGGAUGGGCAGCAGCUCCAGCUACCAACCCAAAGCUGUGGACGUGUUUUCCUCUCCACCUCUGUACACCCAUGUAGCACCACUGCCCAUCAAUGGUGGCGUCAGUUCGCCUCAAUCACGACAGACGAUUGAGCCCACAUAUCUGAACGGGAGGAAUGAUCCAGGCGGUCCGGUGUAUGUGCUGAAACCAAACUAUCCCCACAGCCUGCCACCUGCUCUGCUACACAGAAAUGUGCGAGGACAGCAGAAUUCUCUAGGGUACGCUGCUGUAUCCCAGGAGGAGAAACCGGGGACUGUUACCUGGAAACCUCCAGAAACACAGCCGGCCAGUGGAGCAGUGGGCUCGGCCGUCAAGAAAAGACGGAGAGCGUCACCAGGGCCCAUCAUUGUCAUCAAAGAUGAGCCAGAUGACGACAGUAGCUACGUACAAGCCAACCAAAGAGCCAGCCUCCCCGACAGCACGGGUGACCGACCCCAAAUCAGUGUCCAGGGUGAGGGGAACAAAGUCCAGACUCCUCUUCAAAGCACGGAUGACAAACCCCACAGCCAUUCACAGCCUCCGAGCAGCCCACGGGACCAGAGUGGGACUAAAGCUCCGGAUCCCAUCUGCUCACUGUGGGGGGGGCAGCAGGUAGACCAGCACCGCGCUCCGCUAGACGACCCUAAUGAAGGCCUGUGUGCUGCGUGUCAGACUGCGGGGGAGCUGCUGUGCUGCGAGAAGUGUCCCAAGGCUUUUCACCUUUCGUGCCAUGUUCCAACUCUCCGCAAAUCUCCCAGUGGCGGAUGGUUUUGCUCUCUCUGCCGUGACCUGUUAGUGCCUGAGAUGGAGUAUGACUGCGAAAGCAAAGCUGAAGCCAAAACAGUAAAGAAGGAGCCAGAUUCUGAAGGAGGAUUUCCCCCUGUGGACAAACGAAAGUGUGAGAAGCUGUUGCUGCACUUGUUUUGCAGCGAGCUGAGUUCAGCCUUCCCGCAGUCUGUAUCCCCCUCGGUAUGUGCUAAUCACAGGCUGGCUAUAAAAGGACCAAUCAAUCUUUCCGCUGUGAAAAAACGACUGGAAGCGAAGCAGAGUGUGUGCUACCAAAGCCCUGCAGAGUUUGUAUCAGACGUCAGGCUCGUCUUUGGGAACUGUGCAGCGCUCAGAGAGGUUGACACGGAGGUCACCACGGCAGGCGGGACGCUUAAAGAGCUGUUUGAAGAGCAGCUGGGGAUCAUGUUCCCUGACCUGACCUCUCCAGAAAUCAAACUGGAGAUGAUUCCUACUGCCCCCUUUGACUCUCAACUCUUGUCUCUUGACAACAUAUUCCAGCAUUCAAAGCGCCAGCGCACAUGUUCAGACUCCCAGGAUGCACCGAGCCGUCCCGGUGGAGAGGAGGGAGUAGUGUGAAAGCACAAGUCUUCUUAAUCGUUUGGAUAUUUGACACUGCCAGCACCAGCUAAUAUGUGGCGAAAAUGUAUUAUACACAAAAAUGUAUUGUACACAAUCACCAGGUCACCAAAAAAUGUGUUGUAUGUUUACUGAUUCAAUUAAAUUGCAAGCAAACAACUAUGAUACAGGGCGACACAUUAUUUAGUUUUUCUGGACUAAGCAUGCAUUACAACUGCUGCAUUUACUCUGAAUCUGAAGACAUCUUGGAUUAAAGCUUGGAGAUUAAGACUGAGUGUCAUGCAAGAAUUUAGUUCAGUUCACAGGGUAAAGCUGACCGGCUUUUAUGAUUACUAUAAUCGAUUUGAGUUAUUAAUUUGCUCUCCCCCAAAUGACAGCUUCAUUGACACAUGGCUAAUCGGUGGUGUGGUCAGGUCCGGUGUGUUUUUCCUGUUUAGCUCUCCGUGUAUACGUAUGAAAGUGAUCGGGAAGGAUGUGAAUCUGCAGCUUUGAUGUUUGUGGUCUGUGUUCUGUGGAAUAAGAUACGGUUACGGUCCCCUGGAGGCCAGUAAAGUGAAGACAUCAAAGGAAUCGAAGCUGUUUGAUAAAACCCAAGACAGUUCAAGAUGUUACAUUGUCACACAUCAUUAAACAGUAUUUCUGCUUGGUCGGGUUACAUGUUAAUGUUAUGUUUGAUUUUAUUUGACUAUCUACAAUUUAUUUAUUUAAUAAUUAUUUAUUUAUGUUUGUUAUUAUAUUUUAUUGUUAAGAGCUACGACCAGUUUGAAUGUUACGUGAGACUGUCUCUACUUGUUCUGAGCUCGUUUUUAGUUCAGUAAUAUCUCUUCCACACACUCACUGUUGUGAACAGUUUUCCUGUAACCUCCCAGAGCCAGAACAUUUAGCCAUAAACCUACUUGCAUACAAGUCAACUUGCAGGUGUUUACAGGGUACAAUAAAACAUGAUCGCCUACGUCUGAGUAAUGAUUCUGUGUAAAGACGAAUGCCAUAAACCCCCUUCACCCUAUAAACGCAUGUUAAUGCAGUCUAUUAAUGUCCUGCUUGAAAAGGAGAAAUGCAUUAUUUCCCUCGUUACAACUUCGAUGUUCAGCAAAGCCCCUUUCUCCUUUAAGAAGCGUCCACAGUCGUGUUGACUAACAGUGAACAGGUCCUCUGGGGCCCCACAGGGCAGGCCUCUGACUGCCCGGCUGUGUUUGUGGCCCUCUGCUGAGUGACACAGACGUGGCAGGACACCCUUUGUUCAGCUUCAAAGGAACUGUACUCCACCCGCCCACAACAGGAUUAGCUCUGUUUGAAUGCGACCUCGGCCACUCCAAUUUCCUCCACCUAUGAGCUCGGAGGUCAGCUCACGCUGCUGUUUCUUGUUAAAGCCCAAAUGUAGAAUGGAGGUGGAGAGGAGGGCUGGUAGUUUCUGGAAGUCUAGCAGGCGUGAGAAGUUGCCCUCAGAUGUUGACUGUGCUUUAGCCCGGCACUGGUCUGGCUCUCAUUUUGGGCAUUCUUCAUUUGUUAUAUGGCCUCUAAAGGCCUAUUAUCAAUUGUCUACAUUGCACUAAGGCAAAGAUAAGAUUAAGGACAGCAGUAAAGGAGUGCUCUGUGUUGUUGUAGUAACUGUAGCAUCACAGAGGGGGGGUUGCCACAGCCUUGACUGAUAAACAUCUGCAGGAACUAUAUCUGUGCUGCUGUAGCAACAGUCUACUUUAAACCGAGAGGUCCUCAGUUUAAAUACAUUUCCAGGACCAUACAAUGUUUUUGCAUAUUUAACUUAAUUUCUUAUCAUCACUUUUCUGCUGCAGUGUUUGAUUUGUGAAGUGUUUUUCCUACCUUCAUUCAUUUUGCUAAGAUCCUAACAUGGAUUUGCAGAAAGCCUGCUAAUCCAUUACAGUACACACCAUGUCUGCUUUUUGUGGUUGAAUCGAUGUCCUGUUGUGGGACUGUGAUUGAUUA